AGGCUCCGGUAUAUAAAUGAGGCAAAUUCCCCGUUUGAGCAUGACCCUCUGAAAAGUGCCGUCUUCUAAGGUCUCCUGCAAAGCCCUCCGCAGACCAGUCCAUAAUGAAGCUCUUGGCCUCAGGAAUCCUGUCACUGCUGCUGGUUCUGCACUGGAAACAUGGGGCAGGGAGCCCCCUUCCCAUCACUCCUGACAAGGCCAUCUGCACCACUCGUCACCCAUGUCCCAGCAACCUCAUGAACCAGAUCAAGAACCAGCUGGUGCAGCUCAAUGGUAGUUCCAACGCCCUCUUUAUUCUCUAUUACACGGCCCAGGGAGAGCCGUUCCCCAGCAACUUGGACAAGCUGUGUGGCCCCAAUGUGACAGACUUCCCACCCUUCCACACUGAUGGCACGGAGAAGGACAAGCUGGUGGAGCUGUACCGUGUCAUCGCGUACCUUGGCGCCUCCCUGGGCAACAUCACGCGGGACCAGAAGGUUCUCAACCCAGGCGCCCAGAACCUGCACAACAAGCUGAACUCCACCAUGGACACCAUGCGGGGGCUUCUCAGCAACGUGCACUGCCGCCUGUGCAACAAGUACCACGUGGGCCACGUGGACGUGUCCUAUGGCCCCGACACCUCGGGCAAGGACGUCUUCCAGCAGAAGAAGCUGGGCUGUCAGCUUCUGGGGAAGUAUAAGCAGGUCAUUGCGGUGCUGGCCCAGGCCUUCUAG